AUGGUGGUUACUGGAGUUGGUGAUGAUCUUUCUGUUGUUAUUGCCAUCGUUGCUGCUGCCGCUGCUGUUGUCGUCGUUGCUGUUGCUGUUGUUGUAAAUGCUGCUCCUGCCGCUGCUGUUGCCGCAGAUGUCGUCAUCGAUGUUGUUCUUGUUGUUGUUGUCGCUGUUAUUGUCGUAUUUGUUUUUAUUGUCGAGAUUUCGCUAACGUUUUUUACUUGGAGUGGUUCACUGAAAAAACUUUACAGAUAA